AUGAGGUAGGUUGGAAUUGUACAUUUAAGAUAACUUCUAAUCGUUUUGCCAGUUACAGCAGCGAAGACGAAAAGCGGAAGGCAGACGCUGAGAAGAAGGAGACUUCGGAAGACAAAGGGACGGCGGAAGAAGUGAAAACAGCUGUUGAGAAAAAAGAAAAAGCAGAUAAGGAAGGAACACGAGAAAACUCAGAGGAAACGAUCAAAGAGAAGAAGCCAACUGAAGAAAAACAGCCGACGGAAGAACGAAAAUUAACUGAAGAAGAGGAAGCCGAUAUGGAAAAAGUAAUCGACGAAUUCAUCAAUGUUUUCCAAGAUCCAGCAGCUACAUUCGAGAAAAAGAUGAGCUCGCUCAUUCAAAUUCCCAACCAAGUGCAGGUAAAAUACUUUUAAAGAUACAAAAGUAGUUUCUCCUUUCCAGAUGCAUCAUAGUUUGCUGACCCGCGAGCGUGCCGACCGUCUCUUCUCGAACAUCCCAAUCGAAAUAUUCCAGCGAGUGUUUGACCCGGCGCACGAAGACCAUGCAUUGUGAGUGAGAUUCAUUUCAUUAACAAAUCAAAUGUUUUGCAGUCUGCGAUCAGUUCUCAUUCACAUAAUCCACUUCUUCUGCCAAUGCACGUCUUAUGAAGUGCAUUCGAAGUUCAAGCCAUGUCUGGAAAACAUUAUAAAGUCUGUGUCACCGAAAGAAGCGACUUUUCCGCUGAACGGCAUGGUGUACAACAACAUCUCCGUCAUCAUCGCUUAUUGGAUCAGCGAGGUUUGGUUCCUAUAAAGUUUCUUUGAAAGUGGAAUGUUUCAGAAAGAAGAAAGAAGCAUGCUCUACGAAGCUCUCCGCUUCACGACCGGCUUCUUCGUCUCGCAGAAAGAUAAUCUCGAAGUGCUGACCUUCCUGGUGACAGUCCGUCUUCUGCUGAACAAAGUUUAUCAGAUGAGCCCAUUUGAAACAAGUAACCGCAUUUCCUUUCGCCAUUGAUUCCAUUCAGUAAUUUUCAGGCAACACGUUCGAUACCCGCGGAUGGCCGAUCGCGAUCCUUCACUUGAUGCGCAAACUUCUUCGCGAACGCACCGAAAAGUUCACUCCCGAAGUGAGAAGUAUCAUGUGGGACGUGAUCAGUUCGAUGACCAGAGUAGGUUGCACUUCCCAAACAAUUUCUCAUGAAAAGCUUCAGAUCGGUCAAAUCACAUGGUUCAACCUGGACAAGAACUUCACCAAGCUGGUCAUCCAAUUGAAUAGCGUCGAGAUGCAGAUGUCCUUGCACGAUCCGGCGAAGACUGACGAAGUCACAUUCUGCAAACAUCUCAGAAUUCUAGAGGUAACGCUGGCAAAGUAAUAUUUUGAAAUUGAAUUGUUUUAGCUGUUCACGAGUGCAAUUUGCGACAAGGACAUGUACGGAGAGAAGGAAAUGGCGGUUGUUCCGAAGACGGUGCGAUCUCGUUCUGCUCACUCGUUUCAUUGCUUUUAACUUUUCAGGUCGGCGAUUCGUGCCGUUUCCUCCUGACAUUCUUCGUGGAGUGCCACCUCCAGAAGGUCGCACUUCCGGUGCAAGUGAACCUUUCCAUCUUCAACUUCACCGUCUUCCUUUUCUGCAACGACGAGAUGACAAUCCAAGACGAGAAAGUCCGCAAGAACAUCGGCCCCUUGAUCCUUCACAACUGCUUCCAAGUGCUCCACAGAUCCGCGAACGGUGAACUCCGUGAAGACACCAGCCAGUUGUUCGCCGAUCUUCUCGAAAGAAUUGCCGAGUUUGAACUGCUCGACGAAUCUGUUCCUAUCUUCAUCAUGGAGUACCUUGACAAAGUGCGCCGUCUUGAGGAUUACGAAGAGUGGAAGGGAAGGGUGAUCGACGUGAGUUCAAUUCCGUUACAAUAGUUUCUGAACCAUUUGAUUAUCAGGCAAAGUGCGCUCUGAUGGAUCUGCGCGGCCGUGUCGACUGGUACAGCGUCAAGACCCUGAACGAGUCGAAGCAGAUGCUCUCCAGAUUCACGGAGCCCGAAAAGCACGAGCUCAAGAUGCUCUUCAAGAUCCUCGACAAGCUGCCACGCGUCAACUGA